CAAUGUUGGCGGUAUUUUGAAAAGGAAGCGGUAGUUUGUGUUGUUGUCAGCGAAGUUGAAAAAAGGAUAAAACUGAACAAGAACAUGGCGGCGGCAGAGCUGUCAGAGACCGCUCAUACGGAGCUCCUGGACCGCUGUGAGGAGCAGUUUGCUCAGCUUGAGAAGCUCCAGAAUGAGAUCAUACUGAGUGAACCAGACUUGUGUGAAAAUCCACAAGAACAGGCAGUAAAUAGACUGAUCGCCACAGAAGCUGAACUGAAGCAGUGGCUGACAAUGGAGCCGAAGUUGCUGGCAGAAAAUUCAGAAAUUUUACUUCAAGCUGGAAAAGAGGAGAUGCUCAAGCUGUGCUCUGAACUUGAGAUGAUUGUUCUUUGCUAUGAAGCAAAGAGAGACAAACUGAAAGAAACCAAAGAACUUGAAGAGAAGUGGUUGGAUGAGAAGAAACAGAUGUUGGUUACUGCUACUCAUCAUGUUGACCGACUUCAAAAGGAGAAAGAGAAAUUACCUGAGCACAGUGUCCUACAAGACACCAAAAUCAAAAUUCAGAAAAUGAAGGUGUACCAGGAGAGGCUAAUGGAGUGUCUGGGAGACAUCCUGGAGAAGCAUGUUCCUCUUCCUCAGAGUGAAACCAACAAGAAAAAGAAGAAUAAUCCACAAGAGAUGAAUGAAGAUCUGAUUUCACUAAAUGAAAUUCUCGAGCUGCUCAUGAACAAGGUUCUGAACACACCCCAUGACCCUUAUGUUACCAUAGACUCAACGUUCUGGCCUCCAUACAUAGAGAUGCUGCUCCGCUACGGUAUUGCCAUAAGGCACCAGGAGAAUAACUUCAAGAUCCGCCUGGAACCCUUUUAUUAAGGCAGCAGUGCACUAGACCUCCCAAGUACCACUUACUACCAUUGUAUAAUCCUAGUGUGUUUAUAUAGAACUGUAAAUUAUGUAAGUUAUAAUAUAUUUGUAGAAGUGAACUGAGACCUGAGCUGAGAAUGUGUUUUACUGUACAUACUGUACCUGCUAUAGAGGCAUGUAAUAUUUACAGUAUAAUAAUCUGACAGUACCAAUGGAACAGAUACACUUCUUUUGAAUGUUUGUGAACUAGCAUUUGUCCAUAUUGUAUUUUCAAUUUCUCAUAUUAGCAUGUUCUUUGAUCCUGUUGAUGUUUAGUUUAAUUGAAGAGGUCUUUAUAAAAUGGACUUGAGUUAUUCUGAUCAUUUAUUCAUUCAUUUUCUGAAACGCUUUACCUUGAAGAUGGUCACGUGGUUGCCGGUCCUUAUCCCAGCUACCAACAGGUGAAGGUGGGGUACGCCCUGUACAUGUCACCAGUUCAUCACAGGACUGACAUGUAGAGACAAACAACCAUUCAGUUUGACAUUCAGGGGCAGGUUAGACUGACUGAUUAACCUGUUAAGGUGCAUGUCUUUUAGAGCAUUCUGCACUGUGUGUGAGUGUUUCUAUUUUAAUGAUGUGCUGUAUAUAUGUAGAUGUUGAAUGUUUCUGGAACUUUACAUGUUCAUUUUGAAUAAACUUGUGAAUUUUACAUUU